AUUAAACUAUGUUUUUGUUUUUCGUUUUUAAAAGCAAAUAAGAAUAGAAAAUGUCUUGAGUGUGAUGUUAACUUAAUUAUAGCUUAAGGGUAUUUUUAUGUUGGUUAAACAAAUAGAAGAGCAACCGUAGUGGGAACUCACCGGAACCGAAAUGGAAACGACUAACUACUCCUUGAAUUUGUCAGGUAAAACAACGUAAAUUGCUUACGACACAGCAAUGUUAACACUACAACUAAUUCUGUUUCCUUCUUUUUGAUCCAUCACCAAUUCACCAUCUUCCAUUGUGUCCUCCAUCAACAUGGCAAUCUCAUGCUUCUUCUUUCUUUUCUUCAUUUCUGCUCUUGUUCCUUUCUCUUAUUCUCAAUCCAAUUCUCAGAAUUUUGAAACUUUCUAUCCUUUUCCAAUUCAAUUUCCUCCUUCUCCUUCGCCUUCUCCUUCGCCUUCUCCUUCUCCUACUCCUUCUCUUCUUCCUCCUCCUUCUCCUUCUCCCCCUCCUGCACCUUCACCUACCGAGCCCAACUCUUCUUCUCCCCGACCAUCAAUACCGGCUCUGCUUGCAUCGGAUUCGUCCUUGCGGACAACCGUUGCCAAGGCAGUAGCUGCUACUGCUAUCAGCACUCUUGUCAUCGCCACCUUGCUUUUGUGUUUCGUGCAGAGGUAUGUUGUUGCACGUCGCAGAAACAAGAGAGAGGAUACUAUUUCUGGGAGAGACCACCCUCCGCCUCCUGUGCCUAAUGAUGAUCAGUUUUCGCAAGUUAAUGAUAGUUUUAAGGGUGUGAUUGUUGAUGAUAAUGGAUUGGAUGUGCUUUAUUGGAAAAAGCUUGAGGAGGAAAGCAAGAAUAGCAGUUUUCAGGAAAAAGAAGAAGAUGAUGAGACGGUCCAAGCGAGAAAUGGGCGGCGCAGGAAAUCUGAGCCCAUACAAGAAAUUCCUUUGCUUAAAGGGAAGUCAUCCGUUUCCCAUAUUAAUGAAGUUGUGCCAAAAACUGGUAGUACUGACGGAAUUAUGGCUUCCUACAUUGAUCCUCAAUCGGAGAUGGUCAUGAAGGCCGUGGAAAAAUCGAAUUUACCAAGUCAAGCAUCACAUCUUUCUCAUCUCCCUCCACCACCAUCAGCAGGACCACCUUUGCCGCCGCAACCUCCUCCUAUCCCCACAAAGACAAAUAAUACACCACCACCACCACCUCCACCUCCACCUGCAAUCACAGCAAAGAAAAAUAAUACACCACCACCUCCACCUCCAAUCCCAAAAAAGACAGAUGAUACACCACCACCACCUCCACCUGCAAUCACAGCAAAGAAAAAUAAUACACCACCACCUCCGGCACCUAAGGCAGUUGGUCCGAUACCUCCAGCGGCUAAAGGGAUGGCAAAUAAGGGCAAUCCUGGGAAGUCCACUGGGAUAAAACUGAAACCGUUGCAUUGGGAUAAAGUGAACAAUACUGAUGAUUCCAUGGUGUGGGACAAAAUUGGUGGCGGCUCUUUCAGGGUCGAUGAUGAUCUUAUGGAGGCCCUGUUUGGAUACGUGGCAACCAAUAGAAGAUCCCCCAGGAAAGGGGAAACAAGCGAUAGUCAGAACGGCAGCUCCCUAGGGCAGAUUGCUAUUCUUGAUGUCAGAAAAUCACAGAACAUAGCAAUUGUGCUUAAAUCUCUGGGAAUAACACGGGAAGAGAUCCUUGAUGCGUUAACUGACGGGCAGGGGUUGAAUGCAGAGGCUCUUGAAAAGCUUUUGAGAAUUGCUCCAACCAAAGAAGAGGAGUCUCUAAUUCUUGAAUUCGAUGGAGACCCUCUUAGACUUGCAGAUGCUGAGUUUUUCCUGUACCAUCUUCUGAAAGCUGUUCCUUCAGCUUUUACUCUCCUUAAUGCAAUGCUUUUCAGAUUGAAUUACGAUUCAGACAUUCGCCAGUUCAAGGAUUCUCUGGGAACACUUGAACUAGGCUGCAAAGAGCUUAGAAAUAGAGGACUUUUCGUUAAACUUUUGGAAGCAAUCCUCAAAGCUGGUAAUCGAAUGAAUGCAGGGACUUCAAGAGGAAAUGCACAAGCAUUCAAUUUAAGUUCCCUUCGAAAGUUAUCCGAUGUUAAAUCCGCCGAUGGGAAAACAACUCUACUCCAUUUCAUUGUUGAGGAGGUUGUCCGGUCAGAGGGAAAACGCUGUGUUAUCACCAGAAAUCGAAGCCUGAACCGAAGCUCGAGUAGAAGCAGCAGCAGGAGUAGCAACAACAGCAGCAGCAGUAAAAAUUCACCGUUGAGGGAUGAAAGAGAACAGGAAUAUAUAAUGCUGGGAUUACCAGUGGUCGGAGGUCUCAGUUCUGAAUUCAAUAAUGUAAAGAAAGCAGCCAAAAUAGAUUAUGAAGCCUUUGCAGGCACUUGCUCAGCUCUCACAGCUCGCAUAGAAGAAGUUAGGCUAAUUGCUUUGCAAUGUGCUGCUAAUGGGGAAGAAGCAUUUGCAAGCGAGAUGAAAGCUUUUACUGAAGCAGCAGAGGAAGAACUUAAGGUAUUGAAAGAUGAGCAAAUUAGGAUAAUGGAGCUUGUAAAGAAAACAACGGAGUAUUAUCAAACAGGAGCUUCCAAGAACAAACAAGCACAUUCACUUCAAAUGUUUCUCAUAAUCAAAGACUUUCUAAACAUGGUUGAUAACGUCUGCGUCGAAAUUGCUCGAAAUCUGCAAAAAAGGAAAACAUCCUCUCCAGGUUUUGGCUCCUCAUCCAAGACACCAGCCGCAUCACCAAUGCCAGUGAGGUUCCCAAACUUGCCUGAACAUUUCUUGAAGGAAAAGUCCAGUAGCAGUUCAAGUGAAUCAGAUACUGAUUUUUGAGCAAUGUAUAUAGCUGUUAUACACAAAAAAUGGAGAUGUUAAAAUCAUAAAUGUUUUUUGAAAUCAUCAGAUUCUUUUCUAAACUUUGGCAAGGUUUAGUAUGUCAAUUCUAAGUUUUUGCUUUGCCUUAGUUUGGAGAUCUUAUAUUUGGUUUGAUGGAUUCACUCCAUUAUCCAAUUCUCCACCAAAAUCUAUUGCUGAGUUCUUUUUUGGGGGAUUCUGCGAACAGUAUCUGUAACAUCAAUUUAAUGGGUAAAACAGCAUUAGUGGCUCUUGAAAA